CUAGUAUUCAAUAUGGAUGUGAUGGUGAAUCCUCCUCGUUUUUGUCUCAUGAGAUCACAACUGAGAAGUCGUAUCGAAGACCUGUGAAGAGCGUGUGCUUUACCAGGAGUGAUUUUAUUUGAACAUCUAAAUAUGCCUGAAAAAACCAUGACGUCUUCAAGACUGGCGGUUCCUCAUCCGCCAUCGGAACUUGGCGUCGAUGAUGGAAACGAAAAUCUCGCAGAGAAGUUUCGAAAUAUCCUUGGUUCUCAGUGCCAAGUAAAACGGGUGGAUAAGAUUACGGCCAAGAAGAUUAGCGUAUGAGAUGUCGUGGUACUCGACAGGUGAUCUUAGAUCGGGGUAGAGAACACUAUUUUUACAGCUAGGUAGAGAACACUAAUUUCCACCGCAACGUCAUCGGAGAUGCCUCUGCAGAAGAGAUGGGACAGUGCAUGAUGAAUGAACAAAGAAGAAAGGCGAUGCUUGCACAGGUGGCGGGUAAAUCCGGGUCGGAAAUUGCAGAGUGGAUAGAGAAGGUUUUAUGACUAGAAACGGUUACGAGAAUACUAAGGACAUGAGAAUUCAGCUGUGCGUACGUGAAAAAAGUCGUAGGUCGUUCUCUAAGACCCAAAGCGAAGGCGAACGAACUGUAUUACAGCCGCGAUUUUCACAAUGCGAUGCUGCUUUACGUUGACUGUCUUGCGGGAGUCGAAGAGCUGGGCAACAAAAGAGGAAGUGCGACGUUUACGGUGAACAUCGGGUGUUACAGUGAGUUCUCUAAGUAUAUUUCCACUCUUCGCUGACGAAAUGCUGAUAGAGUAAUAGGUAUAUUUAUGUUGUGGUACAGAUUUGAUCCAGAAUUGGCGUGAUUCUUCCGUCUAAUUUCAUGGAAGAAGUGACAGCAGAAGGAGAGCUGACUGCAUGUGGGGAUCACCGCCAGGAAGACCAGCACGGCAAUUUGCAAGUCCUUGUGACUUCGAACUUGGCUGCGUGUAUGCUCGAACUCGGUCGGUGUGAAAACUGCAUACAGCUUAUGAAGUCGGUUUCAAUUUUUUUUCUCCUGAAAUUGAAAGCACCAAUGGUCUUGAGUCAACAAAGCAGCACAUCUUAAAUAGUAGACACUUUCAAGUAAAAGAAGAUCCUUCCCCUAUCAACACUGCCAGUCUUUCAUACUCCUGUGCACUCUCGCCCUUGGCGUCGAUCCUGCGCAUAGCAAGUGCCUCUUACGACGUGGAAUUGCGUACUAUCGUCUGCGGGAACCAGGCUUGGCACUUGAGGACUUGGACAAGCUGCACAACAGCUUCUCUAGUACGUCUUCAUCUUCUUCUUCCCCUUCUUCUUCUUGCGAUGAAACUCUGCAGAAGAAAGUUCAGAAUUAUCGGAAUCUUUGCCGACGUGCGCUCAAGGAGGAGAAAGCGUGUACGCGGAAAAUGUUCAACCACAAGUUGUAUAGUCAGGUGACGAAGGAGGACGAGCUUAUUUGUAUUUCAUCAAAAGCAGGAGAUACUAGAAAGAAAUCUGCUUCUCCUACAACAUCUUUAGCACAACAAGUGUUGCGGCUUUGCGAUAGCAUAACGAGUACUGCUGGUUCUUCGGCUCCUUCUCUUGAGCUGCCAAACAAGAACGACAUAGCUGGCAGCGAUAGAACGCGCCAGCCGCCACUCUUGUUGAACAGUGAAGAAGCGGACCCUGAACAAGAAAUUUGCAGUAGGCCAGCGACUCGAAAACGCGGGAGGGAGCUGUCUUUCUAUGGCGAUAAAGCGGACGUCAAGGCUGUAAACGAAGGAGAUUUAGACAAGCUGAUUGAACAAGAGCUGCGCAAAUAUAGGGAGGAAGCUGUGUCACCUUUCGUUAAGGCAUGAUCCUCACUAAACAUAACGAACUAGACCUUUACGUAGAGAUGAAUCAAUCGUUACGAGUCGAAGGCCAUGAAGAUGCAUUGCUAUCUUCACUUUUCAAUAUCAUCCGGAUCCGCAGGCACACAAGAAUAGAACUAAAAGAUGGAGGCAACCCUACGAAAGAGGAGGACAAACGCACCAGCUCUAAUCCUAACGCCUACAGUGGAGCCUUGAGAACUUUUUUGAGGAGGAGUCUGGUGCUUCUUUGCAGGGGCCGAAAGAACGGCAUGAGGGAUGAUGGACAUGGCGGAGGUGCACCGAGCACGUAUGGAAUGAGCGAUGACGUCGGAGGUGGAGAAAGCACGUCCAUGCCAUUCAAGAUGUCACAUCUAGCAGCUGCGUGUUUCUUUGUCGCUGGUAGCGGAGUCGUGCUUUUUGGUGGUCUGAUGAUUUUGAGAACGCUGAUUGAGGGUGGGGUGCGUCGUGCCGGAUAUAAUCAUGUUAGGGCAGAUUACACCUAUUCAUGA